AUGGCGUCGUCGGUGCGGGCCGGGCCGCGGCUGCGGCGGCCCGAGUUAGCGGCGCUGCCCGCAGGGCUGCGGGAUGAGUUGGAGGCGGCGCUGGCGGAGGAAGGAGGGCUGGUGCCUUUCAGCCUGCUGCGGAGGCUGCACGCCGCGCUGCGGGAGGCAGGGUCUCCGCUGCACCUACACGAGCUGCUGGAAGGAUGCGAGAUCCACCUGCCCGAGGUGCCGGUGCCGCCGCGGAACCCCGAGCUGGUGGCCCGGCUGGAGCGGAUCAAGGCCAAGCUGGCACACGAGGAGUACCAGCGGAUGACCCGCAACAUCACCGGCCAGGAGAUGAACGGGCCAUUGGCUGAGUUUGGGAGGCAAGUUCGCUCCGUGAAAGCCGUUGUCAUCACCAUCUUCAACUUCAUUGUCACCGUGGUGGCCGCCUUUGCCUGCACCUAUCUGGGCAGCCAGUACAUCUUCGCAGAGACAGCGGCGCGUGUGCUGUCAGCUGUCAUUGUGGCCUCGGUGGUGGGCUUGGCCGAGCUGUACGUGAUGGUCCGGACCAUUGAGGGGGACCUUGGGAAGCUUUGACCAUGAACUGCGUGCUUCGUGCUGGAGGCUUUUGUCCUCCCCCGGAGCUGCUAAUUUGGGACAGAUCUUGUCCCAUCUGUACCUGUUCCUGAUGUGGGAAGAUUGCUGCACUUCUCAGGCUCGUCCUUGGCUUCCUGCUCCUGAAAUGAAUCAUGGGUUGGAAAUCCCAGAGCUGCAGAACAGGAGGGGGAAUAGCUGUGGACUCUGACCACCCCAGCAGGGAGAGGGGCAUCAGCUCCUGCCAUCCCUGUUCUCCUGGGAAGUCCCUGUCCCUCUAUUCUGGAAAUAAAUGACACUGUGUGUUCAUAACUUUCUUCCUGCGAGUCAGGAGAUGUCUGUUGGCAUGAGAAACGUUGCUGUGGCAUCUAAGACAUCACAGAGAUGUGAAUCUUCCCUCUCCCUCUGCAUCCUGCUCCAUCUCCUGUCCAAACCCUCUUCUGCCUGCACAGUGAGGGAUGCACAGUGCUCCCAAGCCCCUGCCAAAGGAUGCCCAGAUUCUGGAGGCAGGGAGAGUACACCCCUCAACACUGAGCUCAGGGGUGUCUCAGAUGCUGUGGGGCAGAGAGCAGAGCCAGCUCGGUGCAUCCACAGCAGGGAGGGGACAGCCACACCAGACCCUGGGGACCUGGACACCUGCCGGGUGGGCACUCUGCCAGGGCCAGACACAGUGAUUAAUGCUCUGAUGGCAGCUAAGCCCCUCUGGAAACACAGUUUAAUAUCCGAUCCAGGGAGAUCUGCCGGCACCUGCGAACGUGCCUGCGGAUUAGGGGAGGCUGCGCCACAAUCAUCCAUGGAUACGGCCUCAGAUUAAGGUAUAUUUCCAAAAGAUUAGUCGGUAUUAGGGACCUGAUGGGGAGCUGCCCCUGCUGUGGCCGCACCGGCAUUUAGGAUAUUGGAUGACAUCCUCGGAGCCUUUGGGACUGGCAGUAAUUCCACACCCUAAUGAAAUCGUGACGCUAAUCCAGGGGGGCCGCGGUGCCAGAGGGGUCCCUAGAAGCCAGGGGUGCUAGCCACGGCUAUGGCUCGCCCAGGUUGGUGAUGGCCGCGCUGUAGAUGAGGUCGGAGAUGGAGCCCAGCGAGGUGGGGACGCCCCGAGCGGGGCUGCGGGAUCCCGGCGGCGGCAGGGCAGGGGCCGGACACGGGAUGCUGCCGUCGGGAGGUGCCGCGGGGGGACCCCGCUCCCCGGGCGGCGGCAGCGGCGGUAGCGGUGGCGGCUCCGGCUUGGCGCUACGGAUCCUGCGGGCGCGGCGGUUCUGGAACCAG